AUGUUUAAAUAAAUAUCUUUAAUUCUAAUUAAACAUGAAAAAAAUUAUCUAAUUAGCUACGAAGAAUUGAUUUCUUUAGUGUUACUUAUACUCUAGCUAUAUCAGAUUGAUUCACAUAUAACCAUUCUAGUAUUUUAGGAUGAAUAAUCUCUUUUAAUUUUUAGCAAAAUUUAUUGUGUUUAGUACAUGUAUAUGUGGUGGCGUUAUUCACUCUUACCAAAAGUAACAGAGAGCGUAAAUAAUUUUAAAGAUAAUUCAAACUUUGGUUUUUUGAAAAAAUCAUAUGCAGUUACUGUCUAUGAUUUCAACGGAUAAUUAGUAAUCAAUCGAUUCAAAAGGGGUGAAAUAAUUGUACUCCCAUUACUCUUAGAUUUUGAUAAUGGCAUCAAUUAACAACCCUGA